UACUUGAAUUUGAAUAUUAUGUUCAUCUUUAUUUUUGUCCGAAUAUUUGGGUUUGUAGUGUAGUGAUAAUGAUAAUACGAUAUCGUUUACGAUAACAAUUCAUCAGUGAUAUAGAUAAUUAUUAGUUAUUUUAUUUAGUUUUUAUUAAUCCACCAAGAUGCUGCAGAAACUGUCAUUCGGUGGUUGGCGCGUAGCCGGCGCGGUGUGCUCGCUGUCUAAAACCGGUGUACGAGUUAGAUUCAUAUCUACCGCUAUGGAUAAGGGACAGACUUUCUUUUUUAGACAGUUAUUUGACACUGUAAGCAGUACAUACACGUAUCUGCUGGGCGAUCCGCGCACUAGCGAGGCGGUGCUCAUUGAUCCCGUGUUGGAGCAUGCAGAGAGGGAUGCUGCUCUUAUCAAGGAGUUAGGGUUCAAGCUGGUGUAUGCAUUGAACACCCACAUGCACGCCGACCAUGUCACUGGUACUGGGAAGCUAAAGUCAUUACUAUGCGAAACUCAGAGCGUGAUCGGCAAAGCCUCAGGAGCCCAGGCAGACAUACACCUGGUGGACGGCGACGUGGUGAAGUUCGGAGGUCAUGAGUUGCUGGCCAGCGCCACUCCUGGACACACUAACGGAUGUCUCACUUAUAUUUGUCACAAACAGGGUAUGGCAUUCACCGGCGACACCCUCCUCAUCCGCGGCUGUGGUCGCACCGACUUCCAAGAAGGCUCCUCUGAAACCCUCUACAAGUCUGUCCACCAACGUAUCUUCACGCUCCCCGACUACUACCUGCUAUACCCGGCACAUGACUACAGAGGACAGACCUCCACCACUGUGUGGGAAGAAAAGAAAUACAAUCCUAGACUGACGAAACCGUUGAAUGAAUUUAUUACUAUUAUGGAGAACCUGAAGCUACCGUACCCGAAAAUGAUUGACAAAGCCGUGCCCGCCAACAGAGUUUGCGGACUACAUUAUGAAUAAUUUAAUCAGAAAAGGUAUUAAAUAUCUAUUGCUCAUGUAUUAUUCACAUAUUAAUACACACAACAUCGAAUUAUAACUAUUUUUACUAAUAUGUACAAAUCUAUGGCCAGUGAUAGUAACAUAAAGAUUAGUUAGAACGAAAUAAAUCAGCAUUAGAACAGCUAGCUAGCAUUCAAAAAAACAUAUUAUUUACGUACAUUUAAAAUUGUGUUAUUUUGUGUAAAUAUUUCUGUCAUCAGAAAACAAUAGUUUAUCCAAAUAACGUGUAAUAGAGGCUGAAUAAAAAUUAUACGAAUUAGAUUCAUAUAACACUAAAAUUAUUAUAAAUAUUAGAUGUAGUUAUCAUCUGUGAUAAUUACGGCAAAUUUAAAAACAUAUUUUAAAAUAAAUACAUAAUCUAUAAUUAUAUAUUAUUUAUUCAAUGCUAGAUUAGUGUGUUUUCUUAUAAAAUUUCUCUUUUUGCCAAAUAAAUUAUUUCUUAAAAAUUUCGUGUCUAAAAAGCAUUACGGGUAGACAACCCUUGUUAUAACUUACAGGGUAUCGAAAAAGAGACCUACCAAAUGUGAAUGCAAAACUUAAAAACAUUGGCAAGGACGUUUUUAAGAAGUAUGGCUUUGUGUCAGGGAAUUUUCGGCUACAGUAAUAUUUUUUACUGCUACAACUCAGGACCUCGUGUAUCAGAGGCGCCACCUAGUGGACACCCAAGGUAGCUCCCAAUAUUAUCAAUAACAUUGGCCGGUUUAAAAUUUAACAGACUUUUUUUUAGUUCUUAAUAGUCACACAAAAAAAGAAUGUUCCUUAUAAUAUG